GAUGUUGAAUCAUAGACAGGCUUGAAACACGUCAGCUUGAAGGUUUUCUUUUACACGUGACCAGUGACUUGAGGAGUAUUUUUAUUCCAGGGAAACACUUCACAUCAGCUAAAGUAGUCGAGAAAACGGGGAAGUACAUUAUUGCGUUUUAUUCAGGGAAAUACGCUGUCGGUUUCCGGGGAAUAACGAAGCCACACGAAGUCAUGUGUGCAUGAACUGAACACAGGUUUCACCCCAGUCUGUUUUUGCAUUUUGUACUGGUCAGAAUGCAGGUUCGGGAUUCCAGGGGACAGUUUGUUGCCAAGGGCGACAUCCUGACUUUCAACAAUCCAGAUAACCCAAGAAAACUGUGGGCAAUUUAUGUAGGAAAUCGAGGCGUGGUGCUAGUGGGGCCCUCUGGUGUACGGGAAACGAAACUCGACGACGUUGGGGGAGAGAUUGUCAAAGACAAUAUUCUGGACGAGAUAAAAGAACCACGACGAGCGCACGAAAUUAUUGAGAGAGCUCACAGUCAACUUGGACAAACGCCGCCAGAGUCGCAGUCAGAUGACGGAGGGCACGGGUUUGUAAUCUGGUGUAGAUAUGGCAACGAACCCGCAGACACCAGCCACCCACCUCGUGCCGACAUGCCGCCUGUUGAUGUCGACUCGAGUGGCGCGGUGUUGCAGUUGGCUGAUGCCGUGCGGUUUGACUGUGGACAGUUCUCUCACUGGGCUGUGUAUGUAGGAAAUGGUGACGUCAUCCACAAGACGGCGCAAGGUGUGUUGAAGCAACCCCUCCGUGAAGUGGCGGGAGAAAACCCCUUCCUGAAGGACAACUCGAUGGAUGACGUCCAGAGGCCAUUCAUGACGCAGGGGAUUCUGGACAUGGCGCGGACUCGACUGGGCGACAAGUCUUACAACUGGUUCAACAACAACUGCGAGAUUUUCGUCAACCAGGUCAGGUGCGGCAAUGGUAAAAGUAGACAGAUUUCUGAGUACCUGGAGAGUCACAACGUGGGUAGUUUUGAGUUCAGUGAGGGCGGUCCCCAGGGCGGGGUGCACACCGUGCACGUCGUGUCAGGUGGGGGGUCACAUUCGUCGUCACACACCAUGUCAUCGUCGUCGUCAUCGUCGUCUGGCGGCGGUCACGUGCACACGUAUGUCACUGGGAACGGAGUGGCCACCGCCGUCACGUCGGGUCCAGGGGGCGUGUUCACGAGCGUUUCACCACCUGGCACUGUCACUCACGGGCUGCCCCCGCCCCCUCCAAACAUGGAACAAGACCUGUACUGUGUCGGCUGUCAUGGCGGAAAGCUGUGAUCACGUUACAUACCUUCGGUUUCGGUUUCUCGCGUGUGACGUUGGGCUUAGUGCAAAACAUUGUGUAAAAGAUGUGAUUUCUUUUCCUGAUUAUUUGACAUUUUCCGAUUUCAAAAUUUCGUUGAUAAAUAUAUCCAGCUUGAAACCACAGAACCGUUUUAUGCCUCUACCUUUGUCAGCUAGACUACCAUAGGCAUAUGCCUAAUUUACCUGAUUUAUAUUUGUUUAUAGUUUUACUGUGAGGUAUCGUACAUUAUAAUGAUGAAAAGCUCUAGUACUAUUGUCACACUAAUUACAUCCAUCUGAUAACUUUCAAAUCGUGAUACGAUCACUGAGUUUGCUUCGUUAAAACAUGCUUAUAGUAAUGUCUUAAAAGGCGAUUUCACGUAUUAAAUAACAAUAAUUUAUUGUCAAUAAAUGGGUGAUUUCCGCUCAA